AAAUUCUUCAGUUGAUUUACUCCCAAUUUGUGGUAUCAAGCUUGUUCCUUAGGGCGGAAGUGAAGACAGAACUGCGGUGGACUUCUUGGAGUGAGAAUACUGGAAGGUAUGGCAGACUCGUUUUUGACAGGGGUCUUUGUACAGUGAACUGAAUGCUACACCAUAUUUAAAGAGUUAUCCAUCUAUAAGAAACAAUGAGGGUGGUGAUACAACGAGUGUGUCAGGCAUCAGUCACAGUGGGAGAGGAAGUGAUCAGCUCCAUUGGUCGAGGCCUGUGUGUUCUAGUUGGCAUUCACAAGAAUGAUACUCAGGCUGAUAUAGAUUUCAUAGUUAGGAAGAUUCUCAAUACCAGACUCUUUGAAGAUGGAAGUGGGAAGCGGUGGCAGUUGAGCGUCAAAGAUGCUGGUCUGGAGGUCCUAACCAUUUCCCAGUUCACCUUGUACUGUGAAUUGAAGGGAAAUAAACCAGACUAUCGUCAUGCUAUGGGCGGGGAAGCAGCACAAGAGUUUUAUGCAGACUUUUGUACCCAAUUAUGCAAGCAGUAUAAAAGUGAUAAAGUCCAAGAUGGGAAAUUUGGAGCUAUGAUGCAAGUCAACAUUCUUAAUGAUGGUCCAGUAACAAUCAACAUUGAUUCUCCUCAAAGGACUGAUAAUUCUGCUAAUAAAACUAUUGGUUAACUAAAUGCUUUUAUAAGGCACAAUAAUAAAUUAUUCACAUUGUAUCUUUAAUAGAUCUUGAACCCUAAAAUUAAAAAUACAUUUAUA